GGGUCCAUGUGCACAGAGUGACGUCGCCCUGACUUCAAGUCCUACGACUCCUUCGUUUGUUUUUAAUACUCUUUUUAUCCGGGGCCCUGAAUCGGUAAUCUGCAAAAUUGCGGCCAUAAUGUGAGAUGAUCUGAGGCUGUCGUCCGACCCGCCGCUGUGGUUCGUCCUGUCAGGAGCAGCGGCUCGCUGUAGAGGAUUAAUACGCAAUUCUCCGCUGUGUCUAGCUGUCAAACUGAAAACUAUGUACUGGGAAGAGUAGACGGAACACAUUUGUUGACAUUUAUUCACUUUGCUUGACGUGUCUUUUUUUGCCCUCUGGAUUAUUUCGCUGCCCAGCAACACGGCCACCUGACAACUCUGAAUGUCGUAAUUAAGGUGACUCGAUGAGCCAGCAAUGGAGACCAAAAGAUACCAAAGUUUCUUUGAUGGGAGCGACACAGAGAACAAAUGGUCACAGGUCCCCGGCAGUAUGGAGCACUGCUGCAGCACAGAGGAUUCAGGUUUGACCAGCAGCGAUAUCUUGAUGGACAUAGUCAAUGUGAGCUGCCCUGCUGGAAGCCCAGCUACUGACUGCAAAGACAACAACACAAAAAAACAGGAGCAGCCAAUGCUCCGGCUCAGCCAGAACCAGCCAUUUGUUCUCCCACACUUCAACAACUCCCUCCAUGGUCAUAAGCAGGAAAUGGACUCCAAGGAGCUUUCCAAGACUGUGGCUGAGUCAAUGGGCCUGUAUAUGAAUGCAGCCAGGGAGGCGGACUUUGCCUUUAGCCAGCACGGGGGCGGCACUAGCCCUGGGAAGAUGUAUCCAGCGUGUGGACGGCCUCUAGAAGAGACCCAGUGUGGUUCCACAAAGAGCCCCAAGUUAAAGCCAUUUGGUUUUCCACAGCCAAGCACCACUCCCAGAGAAUGCCCCAGUGGGACUCAGAUUAGCUCGGCUUCAAUGCUGGCUUCAUCUCUCUCCUGCAGCCCCCAGACCUCCAGUUCAAUCUCCAGCCCCGGCAACAACAUGGUGUCAUCAACCACCAGCCCCCCUACGUGCUUUGGACCAGUGUGCUCGUCUGUUAAUAGUCCUGUCAGCCAGACGUCUUGUGCCGCAACUCUGGCCAAUAUCAAGCGCAGGAAUUCAGCAACAUGUAGCCCUGUAGAGUCCAGCACAGUGGGCUCACCACCGCUUACCAGCCCGCUCAAUGUCAUGAGGUCACCCAUGUCCAGCCCUCAGAGCAUGAGUAGCGUGCGAUCACCGCCGUCCUGCAGCACCACUUGUAACAUCAGGUCCUCCGUCUCAAGCCCAACAGGCGGUGGCUGCACCAGUACAGCAAACAACUGUAACCCGGUAAGGCCGUCCAUCUCCAGUCCGGCUAUAGGAAGCAACAUGGCGGUCAGCAGCCCUCAGAACCCCUCCUCUGCUGGGUUUCCGGUAUCCAGUCCUGCAAGUGGGCUUGGUUUGGUGCAGAAUGACACAAACAGCCCUGACGCAGCGAGUCUGUCCAGAGACACGGACUUCAAACACUUUGAAUUCCCUAAAGUAGAGAUGGUAGACGGGGAGGUGUUCAAUGUGGGCUUAGACCAGAUGGGCAUGGUUAAGUAUAUAAAGAACGAGCCAGGAACUGACUUUAGGAGCAUGUGUUUGGGCAGCUCUAAAUGUAACUCAAGUAGCACACCCUUUAUCACGCAGAUUAAGAGUGAGCCAGACCAUAAUGAGGGAUGUAUGAACCAACAACCGUACGGCGAACAGCCACCAUCUCUCGGUCUCUUUCCUGCAUCUGAGACCACCUAUUUAUCCCUGAGGAAUAACAUUGACGAGUACAGUCUUUCUGGUAUCUUAGGACCACCUGUCUCCUCCAUGAAUGGGUCCUAUGAGCCUGAAGUGUUCUCCAACAAUGUCCUAUCCAAAGGGGUUAAGCAGGAGACCACUGAUGGCAGCUAUUACCAAGAGAACAACAGCAUGCCCACAUCAGCCAUUGUUGGAGUUAAUUCUGGCGGACAUUCAUUCCAUUACCAGAUUGGAGCGCAAGGAACAAUGGCUUUCACACGGCAUGAUGUGAGGGACCAGUCCAACCCUUUGUUGAAUCUUAUUUCGCCUGUAACGGCAUUAAUGGAGUCAUGGAAAACUCGGCCGGGCAUGUCACAGGGGUCACUGUCAGGCAGAGGUGAAGGAUACCCAAACUGCAUCACAGACGGCAUGUCAAGCUCGCCGCUGAGGCAACCUUCCUCAACGGCCAAAGUGUGUCUGGUCUGUGGAGACGAGGCGUCAGGGUGCCACUACGGUGUGGUGACGUGUGGGAGCUGCAAAGUCUUCUUCAAAAGAGCAGUGGAAGGUCAGCACAACUACCUGUGUGCCGGAAGAAACGACUGCAUCAUCGACAAGAUCCGCAGGAAAAACUGUCCGGCGUGCCGCGUACGGAAGUGUCUCCAGGCCGGGAUGAACCUUGGAGCACGAAAGUCCAAGAAGUUAGGGAAGCUGAAGGGAGUCAACGAAGACCUGCAGGGCUCUAAGGAUGGCCAAACUGCCACAAGUGGUGUUGGAGGCGGUUACCUUUCCUCAGAGAAGGAGCUGAACGCAAGCGCUGCCAAUGCCCUGGUACCCCAUGGGCCCGGUGUGGUCACACCUUUUCUGCCGCCCUCCAUCUGCAGUGUGUUGGAGCUGAUUGAGCCUGAAGAGGUGUAUUCAGGCUAUGACAACACGCAGCCUGACACCACCGACCACCUGCUGUCCAGCCUCAACCGCCUGGCCGGAAAGCAGAUGGUACGCAUGGUGAAGUGGGCCAAAGUACUUCCAGGUUUCCGGGGCCUGCCGAUUGAGGACCAAAUCACCCUGAUCCAGUACUCAUGGAUGUGUCUGUCCUCCUUCUGCCUCAGCUGGCGCUCCUACAAACACACCAACGGACAGAUGCUCUACUUUGCCCCUGACCUCAUCUUCAACGAGGAGCGCAUGCAGCAGUCGGCCAUGUACGACCUGUGUCUGGGCAUGAGGCAGGUGAGCCAGGAGUUUGUCCGACUGCAGCUAACCUACGACGAGUUCCUCUCCAUGAAGGUCCUUCUGCUUCUCAGCACAGUUCCCAAAGAGGGUCUGAAGAACCAGGCGGCAUUUGAGGAGAUGAGGGUUAAUUACAUCAAGGAGCUUCGGCGUUCUGUGGGAAAAGCAACCAACAACUCUGGGCAGACCUGGCAGCGCUUCUUCCAGCUCACCAAACUACUGGACGCCAUGCAUGAUCUGGUGGGGAACCUGCUGGACUUCUGUUUCUACACCUUUCGUGAGUCGCAGGCCCUGAAGGUAGAGUUCCCCGAAAUGUUGGUGGAGAUCAUCAGUGACCAGAUACCAAAGGUGGAGUCAGGCCUCACUCACACAAUCUACUUCCACAAGAAGUGACUCACAUAAACCUUUGGACAGAAAGGGCAUAAAGAACUGGAAGAGAAGAGGAAAAAAAAGUUUUCAAGACUAGAGGAGGAAAUACGCGAGGAAGGCCCGAACAGUUGGCCUGCACCCUGUCGCCCAGUAAGCCAGCGCCGUCGUCUAGGACGGGAGUUAAGCUGCGUGGUGACAGAAGUAAAAAAAGGAGACAUGGAUUUCCCCCUGCAGACACUAAGAGCAGGUCAGAGCUGUAAACAGUUCGUCGAAAAAAGAGCGCGACACGGCUGAGGAAGGACUUAUGACAAAUGUGACAAAGCAUCCCGAAGUAACCCUCCCUGAGACCCCUUGCCCCUGCCCCCAAAGAUGAUAACAGUAUUUUCUAUGGAGAUAAAGCCAUACAUUUCCUAGGAUGCGCUAGAUACAUUCACUGCACACACACACACACACACACACACACACACACACACACACACACACACACACACACACACACACACACACACACACAAUCCAACAUAGAGGGAAAUUGACACACAUGCUGUCCACAAACGCACAGAUGCACUCCACAUGCACUAAAAUCUGAUUCCCUUUCUAAUCUAGAGGAAAAAAAAGUAUUUGAAAAUAUUAACUGUGGCUUAUGCAGUUUUUUCGUAAUAAUAGCACUCUAAAAAUAUAUAACAUUAUGCCAGUACUUAGAAUUAGCUUUGCAGUGUAGCAACAUACUACAAGACUACAGGGCAAGGAACAUAAAGAGCAGGCACAGAAAUACAAGACCUAAGGCGGGAGGUCUAUUUGAAUAUAUAUUUAAAGGGCUAUACAAGUGUCAUCAUAAGCUGAGAAUGUGCAUAAAGCUAACAAGUCCAAGUUUGAAUUUCAAUCAGCGUCAUUAUAGCUAUCAUUAACAUUUACAUGCUGACUUUUUUAAUUCAAUUAUGUAGUUAAACAAUCAAAACUAAUAUGCAAAAGUCCAAAGCUUAAGCUGUUUUGACAUAAAAAAAUGUCUCUCUUGUGUAAAGAAAGCUUGCACGUGAAGCUCCCAUGUCAUAAAGUCACUAUUUUAGACAUUGUGGUGUAGAAUUAACACAACGUUGAUGAGUAACCUUUGUGCAAAAAUGGGUCUGGGGUGCUGCAGGAUUGGAAAAACAUCAUAUUUUUACGGAAACAAUUUCAAUAGAGUCAGCUGGUAAUGGAUUUGACUGAGGUGCAUCCAUAGUAAUUGUGUUUUGUGUUAUCUCCAGAGCAGCUGUCCAAAUGUCUGUUUUUACUCACAAUGAAGCGAAACCAGCCCUUUGUGCACCAACACUUAUCUACUCUUCCCAGAAAUAAUAAAAAAGAAUUUUAUAAAAGUGUGUCGCAAAGGUUUAGUUUUUGACAAGCCAGUCAUUUUACUUAAGGUGCUUCAUUUCUACAAAAAAAAAACAAAAAAAACAGGCAAAACAUAACAUGUACAGUGACUUGUAGACCGUCCUCUCAAUACAUUGUGUAUACGGACGCACAGUUUAAACACACAUACUCUGUAAAGUUGAUAUAAUCCCAAAUUGAGCAUUACUCCGCAGUGCUUACAGCAAACGGCUAAUGUAUCAAUACCAGGCAAAUGUGUACAGGUAUUAACAACUUCUUAAACACAUUCUCUUCAGCUGUUGUACAGAUGAUGUUUUGGGGUACAUGUUGAUGAAUGCUUGAUGAAGAACUGUUGCUUUGUUCACCUCUCCUAAUUUCUUUGGGCUAAGUUCUACUUUUCUUAAGAAAAGCAGGCCCAGUCAUUUGGACCAUUAAGUUAUCUCACACCCUACUGGUUUCCGGGUGGUUGGGGAACGCUACUAUGAUGCUACUGAAAAGUGAUAGAGCCGCUGGGGAAGAAAAACAAUGGAGGCAUGUGAUUAUUCUUUUUUUUCUGCCCUGUGAGUGUGUAUUUACAUGUGUGAAUGGAGCAUAAGUUUGUGUGUGUGUGUGUGUGUGUGUGUGUGUGUGGUUCUUUUUCCUGGCGAGUGCAUUGAUCUGCUCUUUCAGCGUGGGUUUUAUGCAUUCAUGUUAUGGGAUUAGCUAUAUCCUAUUUCCACAUUUAGAUUUGCACAGAGGAGAUACAAUGUGAAAUGAGGCAUUAGUGCAGCUAGCGGGGAAUUGUCUGUUUUGAUAAGCAACUGUGAUGAUGCGGGAAAAUACUUUCUGCAUGGUCACCCAGCCUAAAGUUAGACAACAUGACAUCACUGGCUCAGCAGGGUGCUGGUGAACUGUAGUUGUGGCUACAGUGCAGCGAAAUGAUGAUGCUGUGCUACAUAAUGAGGUCUCUUCUGUGGUGUUAAUUGUGCAAUGAUUGGCAUACAAAUAGAUGUGAGAGUGGCAUGAUCACAACAGUCAGGGAUUGUAUGAAAAUUAUUCAGAAAUGGGGAAUAUGAAUUUUUAUGUUUUGCACAUAGGAAGGUUGUCUAUAUUUAUUGGGGGAGAAUGGGAGGGUUUUUGAACCUCCUUUCUUCCAAGAAUUGUAUAUUUUCUAUACAUUCAAGGGUUAAAAAAAAAAUAGCCAUCAGGAGAGAUGGCAUCUGGGCCUGAUGCAUUUAAUCAGUGGCUUUUCUAGACCUAACAAAUUAAUUGUAAAAAGUAAAGUAGAAUUAAAAGAAGACUAUUUGUUUCUUAAUUUAAUUUACAUGUUUGCCAUGAAUAUGAUAUUUUGAGAUUUUAUGAGAUGUAAAAUAUAAAUGCCAACUAAUUUUCAUACAGUCCCUCACAGACAUGCCUCCAAGUUUUGAAGGACCCUUAAGCUAAUCUCUCACUGUUUUAUUUUCCCCCCUUUUUGUCCUUUUUAAGGAAUAAAAAACUGUCUAAAAGGUUCAUAGGAUGAAUGGGAAAGUAUUUUUGAGAGAAUUAUAUUUUGCUGGAAAACAAUAUUUAAGUACUUUGUUAAAAAUGAUAUCCUUUUUGUAAAAUGAAAUGUUAAUGCAUGCUUUUUGAUGAGAUGUUUACAUUGUAUUUAAAAAAGGGAAACUUGUGCCUUUUUAUCUCACCUGAUUUACAAUUUUACAGUAUAUAUUGUAAAUAAUACAGCAAGUCCUUAUGUUGAGUAUAGUAUAAAACAUUUCUACUUUUAACCAUCUCGUUGGAAAAUUGGAAAAAUGUGUGUUUCCCACUCGCCAUGUUCUGUGUGUUGUUUCACAGAGAAAGAAUUUACAGUAAGGGUGCCAGAAAGGGCCAAAUAGUGAACUGAAUGUAUCAUACAUUGUGAGAGACUUAUUGAACUUGCUACCUGAAUGUUAGAAAGAGUACAAUUAUUAUCUUCUUAUUAAGUAAAGUUCUUUUAUUUUGCACCUUUUUUUAUUUACUUGUUUUUGCAUCAUUGUUCAAGUGGCUCAAACAAAAAAUAAUAAUAAUCAAAAAAGUAUUUCUUAUUUUGUAACAAAAUGUAUCAAGUGAUGGAUCCUUUGAGUUGUUGCUGUUGAUAUGAUAUCCUACCCCAUGGUGGUUUUCUUGAUGAGCACCACUAUCAAUUUCACAAACUAUUGAAAUUGGAAUUCCUUAAACGUUUUUUUUUGUUUCAGAAAGCUUAUGCACACAAAAUUAAAGAAAUCACAGAAAAUUUGACUCUUUCUUUACAAGUUAUAAACUGGACAUAUUGCACUAACUGCCAAAAAUAAUUAUCAAUCACUGAAGAAACAAAUUUGUCCCAAAGACUGGUUAUUUAAAAAGUACAAGCCUCUAUACAUUUUGAAGUCCCGCUAAUGAUAACAACUGAAUUAAUAACAUUGUCAAGCCACUCGCCAAUUUGGACUCCAGAAAAGAAUUGUCUUCUACUUCUGUGACAGUGCAGUUCUUGGCGAGAGGGAGAUGAGAAUUGAUACUUUCUGUUUGGUCAAUUCAAAGCUACAGCCAGGAGACAUCUUAGCUUAGCUUAGCUUAGCCUAGCUAAACUGAAAGAUCAGACCAAGCUAGCACUGCUCUGUCCAAAUGUUAAACAAAUAAAACUUUAAGCACCUCGAAAGCUGAAUCUGUUCAAUAAAUUCAUAAAAAACAUCAAGAUUCGAGGUAGGUUUUGUUUUUUGGGGGUUGUAUGCUAGCCCAUUUUCCUUUCAUCACUAGUCACUGCACUAGACCAAGAAAUUGUGAAGCACAUUAUACAUUCAUAAAACCCCAACUUGCUGGCUUUAUGUCUGCUUUUGCAAGAAUGUAACAAGAUAAAAAUAUGCUUAUUGGCACAAGCAAUAAGAGGGUACGCAAAUGUUGUUUGGAUGGAGCCAGGCUAGCAGUUACGCCUGCUUUUAGCCUUUAAGCUAAGCUAACUGUACCCUGGCAGUACCUUUUAUAUUUACAAAACUGACAUGAAAGGGUGUGUCAGUCUUGAGGUGUUACCCCUGAAAUAAAGGAAUAUAUGUGUUUACUGAAAUGUUAGACAAAGUGAAUAAUACUUAUUGGUCAUCAAUAACCACCUACUGAAAACUCCUAAAAUAUAAUUUUCCCUACGAAAGAGAACAAUGUUAUCUUUAAAACUGUCCCACUUUAAAUGGGCUCCCUUCAGGCAUGAAUGACUCAGAAUGUGUUCUACUGCUGUUCACAGUACACCAUUACGUCACUAUAUGUGGAGUCACGUCAUUGCCAUUUUCUGUUCACGGUGAUGAAUCGGGUGUAGACUAAGCCAUAUCUCCACAGCCAUGGCAGUGCAUUUCUUCUUAUUCUAUAAAUAUACACAAAUGCUUUUUUUCCAAUUCCAAAAAUGACUUUUUACUCAGAUGCUUUGUACAAUAUUUCUCAACAACUAUCCAGCAAACCAACAGUUGACAUCCUUCAACAUCAACCUACGAAACAUCUUUGAAACCCGUUACUACUGUAUCUUGAUGCAGAUAUUGCCAUACUUGUGUUUGCAAAACUAUUGCAAGAUUCUAAUAAAACUGUUUAAACCGAUAA